CAUAAGUGCUGCUCCUGGGCUCCUUCACCCAACAGUCUAGAUAUAUCGUGAAUUACUCAUGUCUCGAAUGCGCGAUCGAUAUUGACUUGGGCUGCCGGCAAAACGAAGCACCGGGAAUGCAUGUCAACACGCAUUUCGUUCAGACCUCACUCGAGCUUGCUGAUUAUCGACCAAAAACUGGAAAAGGAAACGCUCUCCAUCUGGGAAUCGAACCCAGGUCUCCCGCGCUUGACGUAUGUACACAUGACAAGCGGAAAUCAUGACCACCUAACGAAGGGUAUUAGAAUUCGUUCAAUAACUGAUAGAUAUCAUGUGACCAACUAGACCAAUGAAGAUAAC